UCCGACCUGGACUCAAACCUUGGGAUUGCCGCCGCCAUGCAUACCGCCCCCCCGCCGGUAGAUUCCCUUCCGCCGCGCAGGACGCCGCGCAGUUGGCGGAGCGGACGGGUACUCCGUGGAUCCUUUUGCGGAUCCUUUGGCGCAGCCGCAUAUGGCGGAGAGAGAGGCGGAGCCCUCUGCGGACAGGGACUCCGCGGGUGCUGCUUUCCCCCCCGCCGCUGCUGCCCCCGACAUCCAACACCCGCUUCACCGCUGCACCCGCUGCAGCCUCAGGCAGCCGCGCACGGCGGCCCGCCGCAACCCUCCGCGCAGGCGCCUCUUCCGCUCCCGCACGACGCGUUAGCCGCCGCGCAGGGGCGGGGCGCGCGGGAGCGGGAGGCGGCAGAGGCGGAAGGCGCGGCGCUCGUGGGCAUGGUGGAAAUGCUGUUUCGCUGCAACUUCCUCGCUAUUGUUGGUGGCGGGCCCAACCCCUGCUACCCGCCCAACAAGGUG